AUGCAUUUUGCGCGUGGAUUUUCGAUCUGUCAAGGGACUUAUAAGUCUGCAUGCUCGCCCGUGACACCAGUGCAUCAUUUGGUGAAGAUCAAGUCCUAG